GAAUCGCCCACAAGAAAUACCGACUUGACGGAUGCCAAUUCGUCGCUGACCAAUAGUCCUGGUGGAUUUUUGAACAGUUCAGCGCUACAUCAUACCACACCCGCCCAAAUGGAGCAGUUACUUAGUAGUAAACUGCAAGCAGAAAACCUGCUGUUGCGAAUGGCCCGUCUUCAGGAACCCAUCUGUGAUUUAGUGCCACGUGAAAAUGGUGUCUUUGCCAAACAACAUCUGCGACGUGGUACCCGUUUUGGACCAUUUGCCAUGAGCGAACCAACGGACAAAACGAAUGCAUGGGAUCUUUUAAAUAUGCCCCAUAUACGUAGUUUAUUGCAACCCUCACCUGAAGUGAAAAAUUUAUUAAAGAAAAUUCGCACUGUUACCUCUGUGGAUAAUGAAAAGGAGGCUAAUUUAACAAAUUUUUGUAUAGCAGGAUGUUUAUGGUAUGAAACAAAUCGUGAUAUUGCAGCUGGUGAAGAAAUGAUUGUUGAUGGUUGGCCCAUAACACCAUAUGAUCACAAUGAUUCCUUAAUGAAUGGAGAGGCUCAUACCGGCUCAUCAAUACACAGCAGUGAAGAUCGCAGUGAAAGAGAUAAUGUUUCAUUUUAUGGUUCAAAUUUAAAUCACGACGACGAAUACCGAGAUAACAAAGACAAAUCAUCGGACAAUCUAGAUCCUGCAUUAAGUGAUGAUGAAAAUGGUUUUGAUAUACGCUGUGAAGUUUGCGAUAAAACAUUUGGAGAUAUAGAUCGACUUGAUGAUCAUUUAGUGGCUCUCCAUCAUUUUCGCAAAGACGAAUUUCUGUGUGAAUUGUGUUCGAAACGUUUCUGCCAUCGUCCUGUAUUGCUGAAACAUCGUGCAUUGGUCCACAACGAAAUAAGGAAAUAUCCUUGUGAAAAUUGUACCAAGGUAUUUUGUGAUCCAUCGAAUCUACAGCGUCAUAUUCGUACCCACCACAUUGGUGCCAGAAGUCACGCUUGUCCCGAGUGCGGUAAAACAUUUGCUACUUCAUCUGGCCUAAAGCAGCACACGCACAUUCACUCCUCCAUCAAACCGUUCCAGUGUGAGGUGUGCUUCAAAGCAUAUACGCAGUUCUCGAAUUUGUGUCGGCACAAACGGAUGCACGCCGACUGUCGCAUGCAAAUCAAGUGCAACAAGUGUGGACAGAGCUUCAGCACCGUUACCUCAUUAUCGAAACACAAGCGUUUUUGUGAUUCCACCAACGUACCACCUGCAGGAGUCGGAUUGCCACCUACUCUACCUCAUCCAGCAGCGUUGCAUCAUCAAUCGCAGGCGCAAUCAUCGUCAGCAACACAAGCGCGAUCUAGCGGCACAGCAAGCGGCAUUAACGGAGUAUCGCAAUUUGCCAACAAUAUGGCAACACCACCAAAUCCCUUCUCGCUCUUCAUGCGCUCCCCCUAUUUCCCACCAUUCCCCCCAACCAUGGCCUUUGGUUUACAAAAUAUGUUCCCUCAGGCCCCGGCGGUACCAACACCCACCUACCCCCUAAUGUUUACCAAACCAAAUGUGGAUCUAAGACUGCAGCAACAACAACAACAGCAACUGCGCUCUCCAGUCUCACAUCAACAACAAGCGGGUGGACAUUUGAAACACAAUUCCAUGUCACCCAAAGAACAAAUGGCCGCUGUUCACGAGGCUUUCGGAUUGUCUUUGGGCAAACAGACGGAAAGAGAGGAUAACAAGCCAUCGCGUAAUUCCUCAGUAGAGCGGUCACCAUCGUCGUUAGGUGCCAGCCAAACAAAGGCCUUUAAAAAGGAGUCUCAACAUUAUACCUCCGAUGAAGAAUCCAAUUCUGUGGUAGAAUUAAAAACUGAACCCAAGGAUGAAGAAGAGGAUGGUGAGAAAGAUAAUGGAAAUACCAAGAACGGUAGCGAUGACGAGGAAGAGGAAAAUGUUUCCAGACAUAAUGAUGAAGAUAAGAAAUCCAUUGACAUUGUCUCCGUCUCACCUCGUCAUGAACAGGAACCAAACAACAAACCAACUGCUGCCACCGAACUACCUUUGGAUUUAAGUCUGUCGCGCAAACGCAUUUCAACUGACUCCCGUGAUAGCCACGAGGAGAGCAGUCAGAAAUCAAUGACCCUGCAGCAACGCAGCUCUCGCGAUCGCAGCCCCAUUGCCAAUGAAGAGCUAAGCAAUGCUGAAAGUUAUGAACCACCCAAAAAGAAAUCCUCUUUCAAAACUGCCUUCAGCAUUAGUAGCAGAACACCAACAGCCUCACCGGGACCCACACCGUCACCAUCACCACCCACCACAAAUGGCAACGUCGCAGGUGGCAUCAACGAGACAGGCGCCAACACCAAUAUGCCACCCUCUUGCCCACGACCCAUCCAUCCCAUGCUCUUGGACGAACUCUAUCGCACACACGCAUUGGAAUCAGCCUUUCAACGUCCGUUCCCUUUUUUAGGACUAAUGGGCGAGCGGCCGGCCUUUGAUGCCAAUGCGUUGCGCGCUAGAGGAGAGUCGUUUCCGCCCGAACCCAUCUUUCGUGAAGCCCUAAGAGGUCUAUCAUCGGGUGUUAUGGCUGCCGCCGCCCAUCAAUCUGGAAAACUUAAGGAUCGUUAUACGUGCAAGUUCUGUGGCAAGGUAUUCCCACGCUCGGCAAAUUUGACACGCCACUUGAGGACGCACACCGGAGAACAACCCUACACAUGUAAAUAUUGUGAUCGCGCAUUUAGCAUUUCGUCGAACUUACAGAGGCAUGUCCGGAAUAUCCACAACAAGGAAAGGCCAUUCCGUUGUCAUUUGUGUGAUCGGUGCUUUGGCCAGCAGACGAAUUUGGAUCGUCAUCUGAAGAAACACGAGGCAGAAUCCACCGGACUGGCCAUUAGUGAUUCGCCGUCCUCAAAUGAGGCUGAUCGUGAUGAUUCGUAUUUUGAUGAAAUUCGCAGUUUUAUGGAUCGUGUCACAUACAACGAAGAUCUGUACACCCCAACAAGUAUGGGUAAUGGUGAAAAUGAUACCGACUACAAUGGCAGUGAUGGAGAAAAUGAACUCUCCGUGUCAAGGCCUUCAUCUGUCGAUGAGCUAAAUGUAGAAAAUAGUAAAAUAAUUGCCGGAGGACAGAGUGAAUCUGUAACAACUACCGAAGAUGAUCAGUAA